GUGAUGCUCGACGCUUCAAACCAGUCGCCCCUCACACCGUGACCGCAUUCAUCGCCGGGACAUGGAUCUUGUGUGCAACAGCUCUCGCAGAUUGACGUACUAGAAUGGAGAGGAGUUGACGCACCGUUUCUUCCAGGACCGGACCAUUCCCUUUUUUUUUUUCUCCACCAGAAACUUUGAAAAAACCCAUGCAGUUCCAUCUUCCUGACUUUGGUAGACUUGAAACAAUCGGAUGUUAACUUUUGCAACUGUUUAACUUGCGGUGCGCUGACAAUUCCUCACUUUUGGUUGUUUUUUGGGGUACGUAUCGCUGCUAUAAGUAAUGUGCAGGAGGAUGGCUCCACCGCUGACCCUCACCACGGGAGUACGACAUGUUUUCUGCGCGUUUCUUUGGAUUUCCCUCACUUAUUCGUACAACAUUGAUCUAGAACAUCCCAUAGUGUUCCGUGGACCUGAGUCGAGUUUCUUCGGGUACUCUGUGCUGCAGCAUUAUCACAACAAUACGCGCUGGGUACUGGUCGGGGCGCCGAAGGCCAACUCUUCAUACAGUAGCUCCGUGCACACGCCUGGAGCCCUGUACAAGUGUCGUGUUCAUAGCAACCCGGAACACCGUUGCACCGAGAUUGACCUGGGAAGAGGAAACAAGCAGAGGGAGUCUUGUGGGAAGACGUGCCACGGCGACCGGGACGAUGAGUGGAUGGGAGUGAGCUUGGCCCGCCAGGACAAGCCCAACGGCCAAAUACUGGCCUGCGCCCACCGGUGGAAGAACGUGUUCUACGAAAAGGAGCAGUUCAUCCUGCCCCACGGAUACUGCUCCAUCAUCCCCCCCAACCUGCAGGGCCACAACAGGGCGCUCAUCCCCUGCUAUGAAGACCAUAAGCAGAAGUACGGAGAGGAGCACGGAUCGUGCCAAGCAGGGAUAGCGGGGGUGUUCACAGAGGAGCUGGUGGUAAUGGGGGCUCCGGGGUCCUACUACUGGACUGGAACCAUCAAGGUGUACAACAUGUCUUCCAACACCUUCUACAACCUCAACAAGGAGGAGGUGAAAUCCGAUCACUUCAAAUACCUCGGCUACGCGGUGACCGCGGGACACUUCUCCGCCCCCAACGUCAUGGAUGUGGCCGCUGGGGCCCCCCAGAGCAGCGGCAGUGGAAAGGCGUACAUUUUUAAAAUCGAGGGAGGAUCUCUGGUCAAGACUUUUGAAGCCUCCGGGAGUAUAAUGGGCUCUUACUUUGGCUCCUCGUUGUGUGGGGUUGAUCUGAACCGGGACGGCCUAUCAGACCUGCUGGUGGGCGCCCCCAUGCACAGCCACGUGCGGGACGAGGGCCAGGUCACUGUUUACCUCAGCAGGGGCAACGGAUUGAUGGAGGAGGCCGCAGUCUUGAAGGGAGACAACGCCUACAACGCACAUUUCGGAGAAAGCAUUGCGGCGAUCGGGGACAUCGACGACGACGGCUAUCAAGAUGUGGCCAUCGGUGCUCCUAAGGAAGAGGAGUUUGCAGGAGCUGUGUACAUCUACCACGGGGACAGCGAGGGGAUUAUCACCAAGUACUCCAUGCGGUUGUCUGGACGUACCAUCAGCCCGGGCCUGCAGAUGUUCGGCCAGUCCAUCUCUGGCAGUGUGGACAUGGAUGGCAACGGAUACGCAGAUGUCACCAUUGGGGCGUUCAUGGCCGACAGCGUGGUGCUGUUGAGGACCCGCCCUGUGAUCAGCGUGGACGUGUUCAUCUUCCUGCCCGUGUCCAUCAACAUCACGGUGCCACAGUGCCACAAGGGGCCCCAAAACCUCAACUGCUUCAACCUCUCCGCCUGCCUGCAGUUUCGUGGACGGCAGGUGCCAGGACAGAUAGAGCUGCUGUACAACCUGACGGCUGAUGCGGACAAGAGGCAGCGGGGCCAGCCCUCGCGCAUCUACUUCUCCCAGAACGGCGUUCCGGUCAGCGUGCUGAGCCAACAGCUCAACCUAGACAUCAACAGGGAGGUGUGCCAGCACUUCACAGCAUAUGUCAAGAAGGACGUGAAGGACGUGUUCACCGCCAUCAGCUUCGAGGUGGCCUACAGCCUGGGCAAGCACGUCUUGGGGGCUUCGGGCGGACACCUGCCCGCCCUGGCCCCCGUGCUGCGCUGGAAGAAGGGCGGCAAGAUCGCUGCGAAGAACGAGACUUUCUUUGAGAAGAACUGCCUGUCGGACGACUGCGCCGCGGACCUGAGACUCAGCGGCCAACUCUUGCUUUCUGGGUUGCACAGCAAGCCCCACUUGGCACUGAGGGUUAGGAACAUCUCCCUCAAUCUCACCGUCUCCAACACCGGAGAUGACGCGUAUGACACCAACAUCUACUUCAACUUCUCCAGGGAGGUGUUCUACAUCAACUUCUGGCAGAAGGAAGAGAAGGGCAUUUCCUGUGAACUGGUCGAACUGGACUUCCUGAAAUGCAGCGUGGGAUUUCCGUUCAUGAGAGCGCAAACCCAAUAUCACCUGGCCGUCAUCUUCGACACCACGGUCUCCGGGGAAAAUGACACGCUGCGGUUUCUGGCCCAAGCGAAGAGUGCGAACCCUGAGCACAAACUGGAGGACAACACGUUGGACCUCUCCCUGCCUCUGAUCCACGAGGUCGACACCACCCUCACCGGAGUGGUGAGCCCCAGCUCCUUCGUCUACGGCAGCUCCGUGGACGCCUCGCGCUUCGUCCAGCUGGAGGACAUGGAGUGCAACUUCCAGCCCCUCAACCUCACCUUCCAGGUGAUCAACAACGGCCCCAGCAGGCUGCCGGGCUCCACGGUGGACAUCAGGCUCCCCAACCGCCUGUCGGGCAGCGGGGCCGACAUGUUCCACAUCCUGGACACGCAGGUGGCCAAUGGCAGGGGGAACUGCACGCUCCACAAGAACCCCUCGCCCUGCACCAUUCCCCAGGACCAGGAGAGCAUCUUCCACACCAUAUUUGCCUUCUUCACCAAGUCGGGGCGCCGGGUCCUGGACUGUAACCGGCCCGGCAGGGCUUGUAUGACCAUCUCCUGCAGCCUGGGCCCCCAGUUGAAGGACGAGCCUCUGAGUAUAGAGGUCAAACUCCUGCUCAACACGGAGAUCCUGAAGAGGGACAGCUCGUCUGUGAUCCAGUUUGUGACCAGAGCCCACGUCCAGGUGGAUAACAGGGCCAUGGAGGUGCCAAACGGCCUGCCGGAUGAGAUCUCUCUGCUGUUCGAGGCGCUCCACAGCCAGGAGCCGCGAGGGUACGUCGUGGGCUGGAUCAUCGCCAUCAGCCUACUGGUUGGGAUCCUCAUCUUCCUGUUGUUAGCGGUGCUGCUCUGGAAGAUGGGCUUCUUCCGCAGGCGCUACCGGGAUAUCAUCGAGGCGGAGAAGAACAGGAAGGACAGCGACGAGAGCUGGGACUGGAUGGACAAGGACCACUGAGAGUGCAGAUUUGGGGGUGGUGGGUGGUGGCGGGGGGAGGCAAAGUGAGUGAGGGUGGGGUGGUGGCGUCACCGAACUGACCCUAUGUGGCACCACGUCUCCCCAUACCCCCCCCCCAGCCCAGACAAAGACAGUGGGGGUCACACACCCCUUUCAGUCUUCCAUAUGUGGAAGAGAGAACUCAAAUAUUCUCCAUAUUUUCUGGAGACCUGCUAUUUUUUCCGCUGGGGGACCGGUGUCCAGGAAACAGACAUUGGUGAGACGGCCGUGUGUUGUCACCAGAGACAGAGACAGCCCCCUCCCCCCCCCCCCCCCCCCCCCCCCCCCACGGAAGGUAACGCCCGGGUCUGCCCCAUGAAGCUGACGAUGGAGGAUGACAUCCUUCUGGGGUUGUUGGAAUGAGACACGUACUAUUGGACAACAGAACCCUCAGGGCAGUGUUAAAUAGCACAUUUAUUUUUAUAUAUAUAAGAUACCAAAUUUGGCCUUCGAGAAGGAUUGGGGAAGGGAGGAGGGGUUGUUUCUGCCAAUGACGAUCAUACUGAAUCUGAAUCUAGCAUAUGUUUAAAAGCACUGAUGUAUGAUAGGGGUUAGAUGUGUGGUUGGAUCCAUAGUUUAUCUUUUGCGAGCCAAAGAUAGGCUGUGAAUGAUGUAUGAUUGGUCAGUUUGUAUAUCCAGCGCUGGCUGCAAGCCAAAGAUUGUAUCUUCUCUGUACUAUUCCUGGUUCCACAUUAACGCUUAUCUAUUGAUCUCCUUUUCCCCUACGCAAAAACAAAAAGGCAAUAUCUUUGAAUGGUUUGUGACCUCCCAAUACAAGCAUUCCUAUUCAUUGGAGUUGGGCUCUUGACUUGGGUUUGUGUUAGUGAUAUUUGAAGGAAUUACCAUUUGGCAAAAGAGGCCUAAAAUGAACACAAUAAAAGCCAUGGCUUCCAGCACUGUUUGUAUACCGCAGAAAAUAACUUUCAAAUUACGAUGGACAAAGAAAAAGGACAAAAUAAAAUGCAGCUCUUGCAUGGAACUGUUGCAGCACUGGUACUUGAAUCCAACAACAAACCUGUCGCUGGUAAACAAACUCUGAACUCUUUGCAGACUAAACAACGCGUGAUUCGUUGGUCUUUGGAGUUUGCGUUAAACGUUUGAUGACGUUGGUCUAGUCAGAAUAAUCUGCUUGAUUGUGUUUUUGUGGUAUACACAUGUCUGUACUCGAGCAGUGUAAACUUUCGGCGACAUAAUACUGUUUAGUGUUAGAAGAAUCUUAAGGCUUAUAGAGAGAAAUGUGAGAUACUUCCAAGUCCCCGUGGCAUGAUGAAAGUCUGGGAGGGAAGUCUACCUACAUUUAAAGAGGCCCCCCUGGCAUGAGUGAUCCCCUAAAAAUAGGUGGGAAUGUGCUCCACAUUACAUCACUAAACACAAACUAGUGCUCUCUGCCCCAUGGGAAACACUCAUUUUUAAGUCAACAAUUCGGAAUGUUAGCGCCCUGAAAUUCUGCCACCGUUAAAACUGAGCAAGACACAGGGCCACACGUGAACCCCGUGUUGAACACUGCAUGCUCUGAAGUGUCCAUUCAAAUGUUGGGGUUACAUCCAGUGUUUAUGAAUGUGUAGUCAAUGGAGUCAUAGUCAUGUUGUUAGAGCAAAAGAUGACGUUGCCUGUCCAUUUGGGUAAAAGAGAAUCCCCAGCCAAUGGGGUUUUGUUCAACUGUAACAUUUCCAAAUAUAUAAUCAUUUUUUUUGUUGUUUGUUUCAGGGAUAUUGCAGGAUUACAUUAAACCCUUUAAUAGAACAAGGGGUUUAGUUUAUUUCUUUCAAGGUGCCCUGGAGCCAGAUUUUGAAUGUGCAAUGCCAAAGAACAAGAUUAAGUAUAUUUUAAUGUGUUUCUCUUGGAGUGACAAAAUUAUGUAGCACUCACCAAACUUUAGUGCUAAAAGAAGACACUUUAUACUCCACCUUUUUUUGAUGGCUUGGAACCCUAUUACGCUGCAAGGAUUAUGUUAUUGACUGGGAACACAUAGGCCUACUUUCAUUUCAACCCUUCACUAUUCCACUGGCAUGGCGUAUACUGUGCACAUUCAUGUCUUCCCUCUGCACCCUGUUAUUGUCAUCUCUGUACGUGUUGGCAGAAAAUACACUUGACUUUUGUUUUUGUUCUCGUUUUUUUUUUUUUUUUUUACUGUGAUUGUUCGAUUUUAUUUUUUUUGUUUGUAUGUUGUCACCAUCAUCACAUAUGUAUUGUUUUUGGAGUUUUGAUUAUACUACUGUCACUGAAGAUCAUUUGCAUUAGAGUGUGCUUUAUAUUUUGAUGUUUAAACUUUAAAGAUGUAUAUUUAUCUCGUGAUAAAUGUUACAAUUGAA